AUGGAUAACUCUGGGAACAGAAGAGAUCCGAAUGCUCCUUCUGAAAAUGGCAAUUCCGAACAAGAUUUUCAGUACAAAAAAGUGGAUGAUAAACCAGAUAAGAAAGAAGAAGAGAGCGCUGAAUCAAUAGAGAAAAUAUUCGAGAGCAAAGAGGUGCCGUCAUGGAAGAAACAACUGACUUUCAGGGCAUUUUUUGUCAGCUUUAUUUUGGGCAUACUCUUUACUUUCAUCGUAAUGAAACUCAAUCUCACCACUGGUAUUAUCCCUUCUCUCAAUGUUUCUGCCGGCCUAUUGGGAUUCUUCUUCGUCAAAACUUGGACGAAGUUUCUCGAGAAGUCAGGACUUUUGAAUCAACCAUUUACUCGCCAAGAAAAUACCGUUAUCCAGACAUGUGUGGUGGCUACCUCCGGCAUAGCCUUUAGCGGAGGCUUUGGAAGUUACCUAUUUGGAAUGAGUGAUGUUAUUGCCAAACAAUCUACUGAAGCUAAUGAUGGACAGAAUAUUAAGAACCCAUCACUAGCAUGGAUGAUUGGCUUUCUUUUUGUGGUUAGCUUUCUCGGGCUCUUCUCCGUGGUACCCCUUCGAAAGAUAAUGAUUAUUGACUUCAAACUGACUUAUCCAAGUGGAACGGCAACUGCUCACCUAAUCAACAGCUUCCACACUCCCCAAGGAGCCAAACUAGCAAAGAAACAAGUCAGAACUCUAGGAAAAUUCUUCUCUUUCAGCUUCCUGUGGGGCUUCUUUCAGUGGUUUUUUACUGGAGGAGAUGGCUGUGGAUUUGUAAACUUUCCUACAUUAGGUCUUAAAGCCUUCGAGAACAGGUUUUACUUCGACUUCUCAGCAACAUACGUUGGAGUUGGCAUGAUAUGCCCAUAUCUGAUCAACAUAUCUUUGCUAGUCGGAGCAAUCCUCUCUUGGGGUAUAAUGUGGCCACUCAUAGGAGACAGGAAGGGUGAUUGGUAUUCUGCAGUAUAUCCUUCUACCAGCCUUCAUAGUUUGCAAGGCUACAGGGUUUUCAUAUCAAUAGCCAUGAUCCUCGGUGAUGGUCUCUACAACUUCUUUAAGGUCCUUGGUCACACCAUAUUUGGACUGUAUAACCAAAUCCGUGAUAGAAAUUCUCGCUCGGUCCUCCCAGUUGGCAGCCGUACCUCAUCUCCUACGGAUUCUUUGUCUUAUGAUGACCAGCGCCGGACCCAACUUUUUCUCAAAGACCAAAUCCCUAUAUGGGUUGCCAUUGUUGGCUACAUCACCAUUGCAAUAAUCUCUGCUGCAACACUUCCACACAUAUUCCCCCCACUCAAGUGGUAUUACAUUGUCGUCAUAUAUAUCUUUGCACCCACACUAGCCUUCUGUAAUGCAUAUGGGUGUGGGCUCACCGACUGGUCAUUAGCAUCUACUUAUGGAAAGUUGGCUAUCUUUGUAAUUGGUGCAUGGGCUGGAGCCUCCCAUGGCGGUGUUCUUGCAGGACUAGCUGCAUGUGGGGUCAUGAUGAAUAUAGUCUCUACUGCAUCUGACCUAACUCAGGACUUCAAGACGGGUUAUAUGACCCUGGCUUCCCCUCGGUCCAUGUUUGUGAGCCAGAUUAUUGGAACAGCAAUGGGAUGUGUUAUUUCACCUUGUGUAUUUUGGCUCUUCUACAAGGCGUUUCAUGAUUUGGGCGUCCCUGGUUCGCAAUAUUCUGCACCUUAUGCUCUUGUAUACCGUAACAUGGCAAUCUUGGGAGUUGAGGGGUUCUCUUCUUUGCCAAAGAACUGCCUUACUCUAUGCUACGUGUUCUUUGUUGGAGCUGUUGUUAUUAAUGGCAUAAGAGAUAUUGUUGGAAAGAAAUGGGCUAGGUUCAUUCCUCUUCCCAUGGCAAUGGCGAUACCAUUUUAUCUUGGAGCAUAUUUUACAAUCGACAUGUGUAUUGGAAGUUUGAUAUUGUUUAUUUGGGAGAAGAUUGACAAAGCAAAGGCUGAUGCAUUUGGACCGGCUGUGGCUUCUGGAUUGAUCUGUGGUGACGGGAUAUGGACAUUGCCUAGUUCAAUAUUGGCCUUGGUAGGAGUAAAUCCACCCAUUUGCAUGAAAUUUCUGUCAAGGAAAACAAAUGCAAGGGUUGAUGGUUUCUUAAAAUCUUAA